CAGUCCCCGCGGGUCGCGGCGCGGGGCGCAGCCGGGCCGGGCGGGCAGCGCCGAAGAGCGGGGCGGGCACAAAAGCGCGGCGCUGAGCGUUGCCGUCGAGGAGUCGGCGUUGGGCCGGGAGUGGCUGCGCGGGUGCUCGCAGGAUGCCGGCGGGGCGGCGGAGUUGGGCGCGGGUGCUGAGCGCGCUGCUGUGGGUGGCCCUGGCGCGCUGCUACAACGUGGACGUGGGACGUCCCGUGGUCUUCCAGGGCCCCAACGGGUCCUUCUUCGGGUACUCGGUACUGCAGCACUACCACGACAGCACGAGGUGGGUCUUGGUUGGAGCUCCCAAGGCAGACUCUAGAUACAGCACUUCUAUUCAGUCCCCAGGAGCAGUAUUUAAAUGUCGAGUCCACACCAAUCCUGACAGAAGAUGCACAGAGCUGGAUAUGGGUCGAGGCAAUUCUCGGGGUGUGCUCUGCGGAAAGACUUGUAAAGAAGACAGAGACGAUGAAUGGAUGGGCGUGAGCCUGGCUAGACAGCCUAAGGCUGGUGGAAGUGUGCUGGCCUGUGCACACCGCUGGAAAAACAUCUACUACGAGACAGAAUACAUUCUGCCCCAUGGCUUCUGCAACAUCAUUCCCCCCAACCUUCAGCCCAGCGGGAGGAAGCUCCUGCCCUGCUAUGAAGAGUAUAAGAAGAAGUACGGGGAGGAGCAUGGCUCAUGCCAGGCGGGGAUUGCAGGCUUCUUCACCGAGGAGCUGGUCAUCAUGGGGGCACCAGGAUCUUAUUACUGGACAGGAACAGUCAAAGUACUGAAUCUCACUGACAACACGUAUUACAAGCUGAACGAUGAUGCUGUGAUAGCCAGGCGUUACACUUACCUUGGAUACGCAGUGACAGCAGGCCAUUUCUCUCAGCCAACUACCACGGAUGUUGUGGGAGGAGCUCCCCAGGAUGGAGGCAUUGGAAAGGUUUAUAUUUUCAGAACAGACAGACGAUCAGGCUCUUUAGUAAAAAUUUUUCAGGCAUCAGGAAAAAAGAUGGGCUCUUACUUUGGCUCCUCCUUAUGUGCAGUUGAUCUGAAUUCUGACGGGCUGUCAGACCUGCUGGUCGGAGCACCUAUGUUUUCUGAGAUCAGAGAUGAGGGUCAAGUCACAGUCUAUAUCAACAGAGGAAACGGUGUACUGGAUGAGCAGCUUGUCCUGAAUGGUGAUGGGGCCUACAACGCGCACUUCGGGGAGAGCAUAGCCGCCCUUGGUGAUAUCGAUGAUGAUGGGUUCCCAGAUGUUGCUAUUGGGGCACCUAAGGAGGAUAACUACAUAGGAGCAGUGUAUAUUUAUCAUGGGGACGCCAACGGGAUUGUACCUCAGUACUCUAUGAAGCUGUCUGGGCAGACGAUAAAUCCAAUGCUGCGGAUGUUUGGGCAGUCCAUAUCGGGGGGAGUUGAUAUGGAUGGCAAUGGUUAUCCAGAUAUGACUGUGGGAGCCUUCUUGUCAGACCAUGUUGUACUGCUAAGAUCCAGACCUGUCAUUACCAUGGACAUCUCCAUUUUCCUGCCAGCGUCCAUCAAUAUCACAGCUCCUCAGUGCCAGGACAGCUUGCAGCCUGUGAACUGCCUCAAUGUCACAGCAUGCUUUCGUUUCACUGGCAAGCAUGUUCCUGGAGAAAUAGGUUUGAGUUAUAACCUGACUGCUGAUGUGGCAAAGAAGGAAAAGAGCCAACAACCCAGAGUUUACUUUGUGACUUCUGGAGAGACAGUGGGACAGAUCACAGAGAAGUUAGAACUGUCAUACAUGCAGGAAAAAUGCCAGCAUUUCCUAGCGUAUGUCAAGAGAAGAGUCAAAGAUGUAAUAUCUCCAAUUGUAUUUGAAGUCUCAUACGGCCUUGGGGAACAUGUAAUAGAAAGAGGAAAAGACGACAAGGAACUGCCACCUCUCAAGCCUGUUCUCCGCUGGAAGAAAGGACAAAAGAUUGCACAAAGGAAUCAGACUGUUUUUGAGAGGAAUUGUCAAUCUGAUGACUGUGCUGCUGAUUUGAAACUUGAGGGCAAAUUACUGCUAUCUAGUGUUGAUGACAGAACGGCCUACCUGGCCCUGGGAGCAGUGCGGAACAUCUCUCUUAACAUCUCAAUCUCUAACAUUGGAGAUGACGCCUACGACACCAAUGUUUUCUUCAACUUUUCUGGGGAGCUCUUCUUCAUCAAAAUGUGGCAGAAGGAGGAGCUGGGCAUUUCCUGUGAGUUGCUGGAGUCAGACUUCCUCAAGUGCAGUGUGGAAUUUCCCUUCAUGAGAUCGAAAUCUAGGUAUGAGUUCAGUGUAAUCUUCGACACCAGCCACUUGUCUGGGCAUGAGGAAACACUUACCUUCCUUGUCACUGCCCAAAGUGGAAAUGUAGAGCGCAUGGAGUCUCUGCAUGAUAAUACUCUGACCCUAUCAGUGCCCCUCAUGCAUGAAGUGGACUCAUCUAUCAACGGGGAAGUCUUCCCUACUUCCUUUUUCUAUGGUGAUUCUGUGGAAGCAUCCAAUUUUAUUCAGUUGGAAAACCAUGAAUGCCGUUUCCAGUCUCUUAACUUCACACUGCAGGUUUAUAAUGCUGGACCAAGCACUCUUCCUGGCGCGUUUCUUGACAUUUCAUUUCCAAACCGCCUCUCUGCUACUGGAGCUGAAAUAUUUCACGUUCAGCAGAUGAUGGUUGGUCAAGACAAAGGCAACUGCUCUUUUCACCGAAACCGCAACCCGUGUGUUGUUCCUCAAGAGAAUGAAAAUAUUUUUCACACGAUAUUUGCUUUCUUCACAAAGUCUGGCAGAAAAGUAUUGGACUGUGAAAGACCAGGCAGAUCCUGCUUAAUUAUACGCUGCAGCUUAAGUUCACUAGCAAAAGCAGAAUCCAGUGAAAUAAGUAUUUACACGCUGCUGAACACUGAGAUACUGAAGAAGGACAGUUCAUCAGUAAUCCAGUUUGUCACAAGGGCGAGGGUGCAGGUGGACCCUGACCUCCGGGUUGUAGAGGUGCCCAACGGGAGUCCAGAAGAAAAGACAGUGGUCUUUGAAGCUUUACACAAUCUGGAGCCUCGUGGGUACGUUGUUGGAUGGAUCAUUGCCAUCAGUUUGCUGGUGGGAAUUCUCAUCUUCCUGUUGCUGGCUGUGCUCUUAUGGAAGAUGGGUUUCUUCCGCCGGAGGUACAAAGAAAUUAUUGAGGCUGAAAAGAACAAAAAGGAGACUGAAGAUAGUUGGGACUGGGUCCAGAAAAAUCAAUGAACUGCCCUUGAGAAGGGAAAGCCCAGUCAUGUGACACGUGCUUGCUCGCCCAUAGGUCCUGCUCUCGUAUCUUCCAUAUGUGGAAGAAGGAAUCUUCUCCAGAUUUUUCGGAGGCCCUGUUGAUGCUGUGUCUUUAUCACUCUAACAAGCUAGGGAACAUAUCCUGAGGCAACCACUGUGGCCAUGUCAGGUGACUGGAGCUAUUUACACUUCAUUUUAGAGCUGAACUUUGAACUUUGGUAACCAAGCUGCAGUGCAGAGUAAUAUUUAUGAAUCCAACUAUGUGGUAUACCCUCAGGGGAAGACUGUUACCUAAAAAUAUUUUUUAUAAAUAUAAGCUUUUUAUAUUGAUCAUGUCUUUAUAUUUGUAUCGAUGUUUUAUAGUUUCUAUUGAAUAGCUAUAUAGUUCACUCAAGCACUGAUAUCUGGCUAAAUCAUUGGGAAUACAUAUAUGUAUAUAUAAAUCUUAUUGUACUUUUAAACUUCAAUGCAAGAGAGAAGAAAGAUUUGCAGAUCAAAAUAGCUGAAAACCUCAUAUGCUUAAUUCACAAUGCUUGGUAAUAUUGUAUAUAGACCAUUUAAUGGCAGUAAGCCAAAAUCUUUUCACUGUCUCUUUUUUGAGUUGAAUUUGGUGUUUGAUUUAUAAAGUGAAGAACCUAAA